UAUUCAUUUAUUCUUGUUUUUUUGGAAAUGAUCCCAGUCUAUAAUGUUAAAGGAUUCUCUAACACAAACAUAAUGCAAUGUGACAUAUUGCAACAUCUUUCCCAAACUUUAUAUCUUACAAACCUUUUUUAACCAGUGAAUGGCUAGAACUGUCCUAUAGACUCACUUACAAGUGGGGCACACCACAAGCUGUACAUUAUGUGUGGUCAAACAAUUCUCAACAAGAAGUGACAGUAUCAGUAAUAUCUUUUAAAUGACAAAAUAAUCUUAAAAGAUUGUGCAACAAAGCUAAAAUAGCAAGCCAUUAUUAAGUAGUUUUUCUGUACUUUGUGGUCUGGCAAUUGCUCUUUCAAGGUCUGAUUAGGCAGCCUCAGAAUGGCAGGAAUACAUUGAGUGCUGGCAGCCUCUAAGUGUCCUUGAUAUCAUGGCACAGCUUUCCACCAUAUCAGAGUGAUAUGAGCAGGUAAACAACACACUUUCUUACUGUUCUUUUCCUAUCUGUGAUCAGUCACUCAUUCAGAUAAUUUUAACUCUUUCAGAUAGGACAAAACCACACCUUAAAUGAUUAUGAAUGAAAACACUCUAGUAAGAAUAAAGUUCAAGGCAACUCUAACACACCACAUGGUCACAUUACUGCUGAGCAUAUAAAAGAUCACAUCCUCUACUAAUGACACAGGGAGACUGAACUGUUUCACAUCAAUCCAGGUACAACACUAAAAUGGCUUGUAGGUCUGAAAGACCAGGAACAUGUCAAUGCAAACUAGAUCCAGUCAACAGUAUUCUUUUCCAAAUGCUUAAUUCAGGAAGCACGGCAAGAACAAAUCUUCACCAACACAUCUGUAACCCAAACAGGGGAUGUCCGUGUGAUGGCAACCGGAAAGUGAUACUCAAGAAUCCUGAUGUUAUCUGCAAAAAAGCAUCAGAAGUCUUAUUAAAGACCGUGACUUUUAUAAGAAAUUUACCGUCCUUCUAUCAGCUGCUCCAGGAUGACCAGAUCCUGCUAGUAAGGAAGUGCUGGGUUCCACUUUUUGCCUUAGGAUUGGCUCAAGAGAAAGUUGAUUUUGAAUGGGAAGAGCUUUCUAUGCCCAGUCUAUUAAAGAAAAUACUGCUAAAUCAGUCAUCUAAUGCUGGUGAGAUCACAUUUCCAUCAGAUGCUGGAGUGCCCUAUAAAGAAGUGCAAAGACUGCAGAUGUUUCUUCACAAACUCUGGAGCUUGGACAUUUGCACAAAGGAAUAUGCCUACCUAAAAGGCAUGGUGCUGUUUAACCCAGGAAUCAAAGGUAUGAGAUUCCCCCAGUAUGUUUAUACCCUACAACUGGAGGCUCAACAAACAUUGAUGGAGUUCACAUCAAUGAUGCAGAACAUGAGUCAAGGCCGUUUCACAUGGAUGCUGGAGGCCCUGGACAUUCUAAAAGCCAUUGAUUCUGAAGUUAUCACAGAACUUUUUUUUAGACCAAUCUCUGGGGAGAUUAAUUUGGAAGAUUUAUUGCUUGAAACACUAUUUUUCAGCUAGAAUGAAAUGCUAACGAAUCUAAAAAUGUGAAUUCAUUUGUUAUAAGUUAAAUAAGUAUGUUAUUACAGAAUAACUUGCUACACAAAAAAAAAAAAAAACAAGCUAGAUAUUGCUUUAGAAAAUAUGUUGGUAUUUCCUGCUGAUAAAUUGGUAGAGGAGCACUAUAUGCAGGAUUAUCUAUAUAUAAAUAAGGCAAUGCAAAAUGCACAUUUAGACGAAAAAGCUUCAAUUGCUUUGAACAAGCACCUGAGAUCAACCAGAGCUGAUAUCUUCUAUAGGAAAGUAACAGGGAGUGGAUCUGUCAAAUCAAAAAGGCCCAACAACAUUUAAAUGGGUCGUCCAGGAUUAGAAAAAUGCUGCUGAUUAAAAAUGAGAAAAAUGCAGCUUAAAAUACGGUUGAGCUGAGCUGCAAUACCAGAUACAACCAGUGGUGAGAAGUGGUGCAGUUUUUGCAAGAAGAAAGCAUUUUUCUAAUCCUGGACACGAUUUUAAAAGGAGUUGCACAAAGCUUUAAAAGAAACUGACAUUAUUCAUGCCCAUUUAAAGCCAAUGUAUAUUUGUGUUGUAUAUGCCUGUAUUUAGGCUUGUAUAAUGAAUGUCUCUAGUUUGUGUUAUUCCCUUAUUCCUAUUACUAUUUAGGGAUCUAUUAAAACCUUAUGUGGGAUCUAUGAAUGUUGCACUUUUCACAAAAUAAUGUUUAUUUAUUUAUUUUUAAUAUUAUUA